UGAGUGGCCUUCCAACUCGCCAACCCGUCCGAAUUUUGGGCAACCCAAACCCACAAAAGAAAAAUCUCAAUCCAACACCGGAAUACAAUGACUCAAUAACCAAACAGACUCACUCACAAUUUGCAUUCCCAAAUCCCAGUCCACCAAGGGAACCAAAACCCACGAGUUCAGUAAAACCCUUUACUGGCGGACGAGACGAUGGCGAUGCAGAGAUUAUGCACCAAGCUUCGGUCAUUGUCCGUACACUCAAACCAAACUCUACCAUAUUUAUCUUCGUCUUUCCUCUGUUCUUCUCCUCGUCUUCUCCAGCCGCUCCCUUUCGCUUCAAAUAACAACAAAUGGAGCUUAAGGUCACUUUUCAAUGCCCAUUCACCAACCCAACCUUCGCUAGCUAUCGCCACUCUUCGCCCUUCAACAUUCCCUAUCUCGAUGCUUCAAGUGCGGCAUGUUUCUUCAAGAGAGCGUAAGAAGAGGAGAAAGCCAAUGACACCAGUCACUUCCAAGUUAAAGAAAACCAAAAUAAAGGCUUACUCGUCUUACAAGUCCAGGUUUAGGACAAUGAAUGAUGGGAAAAUCCGACGAUGGAGGGAGGGCAAGCGUCACAACGCACAUUUGAAGUCGAAGAUAUCUAAGCGUAGACUCAGACUACCUGCCUUAGUCCAUCCUGCUUAUGCUAAAGUUAUGAAGAAGCUCAAUUUCUGCGGUUAAAACUUUCAGAGUACCAUGUAGGUACUGCCAAUUUCCCAGAAUGAAAGAGAGUACACUUUUGCAUUUUCAAAUGUGCUCUUUUCAAUAGUUUACAUUUCUGUUUCCUUCAGACAAGCAGGUGUUAUAUGCUUUUAGCGGCUAGAUGUUCUUAACUAUUGACUAGUUCAGUUUGAGGCUAUGGCUGAUUAGCUGAUGAAAAUAAUCAGCAGCUGUGCAUUUCCUCUAAGCUUGUAUUCUGUGGACUAGUACUUGCUGAGGAAUUUUUUAUGAGAGUUUUGCAUUACUGUAAUGUAUCAGAAAAGAAAUAACAAGUUCUCAGUUGACACGGUGAAUGACUCAAGCUUGAAGCAUGGUAUGGAUGUUAGUAAAGGAAAUCUGCAAUGUUGACUAAACAUCAACUGAUUUGCCGAUUUGCAUCUUAUAAAAUUCCAAAAUUUGUGAUCUCUUGCAGCACUUGUAGAAAAUUCAAGUGGGAGUUUUGCAGUGAAGGGAGAAAAACAUUGAUCAAUUUCUUAAGAGCAUCUCUUACUUUUCCCCCGCCACUCCUAGCUAGCAUUGAACAGAACAGGAUAGCAAUUUUAGCAUAGGCCCUCAAAACACAAACAAUGAGAAUUUGGGUACGUCAAGCUCUAUGCACAAGGACAGGCGUAUGAAAGAAAUAAAAUACUACCCAAAGUUAGAAAUGUCAAAACGCUUUAAUCCAAAUUUAGAAUGUUAAAAAUGUUUAAUUU